UGUCAUGUGGUCGGCCAAAAAAUAGGAACCUGUGAGAGUUUGAUGAGGACAGCAGUUUGAGCUGCGCUGCUUCUCACAGGAACUUCUGCAAUCAAACACAGUCCAGUCCAGUCUGAAACACACUUCAUAUCUAUAGACAUAACAAAUCCAGAAGUUUGAACAAAUGCGCUACACAUUUAAGCCGGAUGACUGUAUGGUCAUCACCAUCCCGCUGGGAAGCCUUCGAAAUGUUGGAGAUGGUCAGCUGAUGCCGGAGAAAUUCACCUGCGUCUUCAAAGAUGCUUACAAAGUUUUUCUCAGAGGACGGCCUAAGGAACUGGGGGUGGCUCAGUUCUUCAUCGGUGUGUUUAUUAUUUGUGUUGGCGUCCUCAUCCCACAUAGACAUUAUUCUCCUAUUUUAUUCUUCACCUUACCCAGCGCUCUGUUUAUUGUGGGAGGAGUUCUGACAUGUGCCGCUGGAAGUUCUCCCAUCAUGCCUGUGGUCAAGCUGUCGUUUAUAUUCAACAUUCUGAGUCUCUUCUGGGCUCUCAUUGGUCUGGUUUUCUGCACAAUGACACUGGGGGGCAUAAGAUAUUAUUCAGAGCCAGAGGAGCAUAACAUGUACAGCGGGCUGACGGUGGUGGUGUGCGUACUGCAUGGAGUGGAGUUGAUUCUGGCUCUUGUGUUGCUCUUCUGGGGCAGUAAAGCCGUGUGCAGACCUCAUUUCAAUACUCUGCCCUUGAUCACUAUCAAGCAGGACGAAUGAAAGGAUGUUUGUGAAUCUUAAGAAGAACAUUUCAGAAUGAACUCUUUGUUUUAUUACAUUUUCUUCAUGAGUUCAUUCAGCAGAGUGUUUCACUGGCAUUGAGCGGGUAGUGCCAAGCUCACGGGUUUAAUUCCCAGGGAAUGUGUGAAAUGAAUGUAUAGUUUGAACGUGCUGUAAAUGCACAAAUGUAUUUCUAUCUUUGUCAUUAUAUAAUGUGUAAUUCAAUUAAAAGUGCUUUAUCAUCUGUUUGUGUGAUACUGAAACUUUGCUCUUUUAAAAUGUACAUUUACUGUAUUUGUAUAUCGAGCAUUAUGAACAUUAAAAUCUAUAUCAGUGUUUAUCUGAGCCGCACACG